GAUUUGUGAGACGGGCAGACGGUUGGGUGCGCGUCAAAAACGUGGCAUCCCCUCGUCUGAGCUUGAGGAAUCUCAGGAGACCAUAGAAGCUCGGCCCCCUACAACUCAGUUUCUUGCGAAAUCGCCAUGUACGGAUCACGUCGCAGCGCAAGUGAUAGUCGUGAUGGUAUUCCAACUCCCGGCCGCUGUCGAUGCCGAAGCUGUCGCGGUAAUAUGCUACUCCUUCAUUUGCUUCUUCUCUAAUAUACUACUGGUAUGGCUCCUUUGGACGCAUAAUGACCGGACAAGCUACAUUGCCUGCAUCUCCUACGCUACUCUCAUCAUCACGACGACAAGUAUUUGCCAACAAUUCUACGACUACGCCUAUUGGCGAGACAUAUUGACGGAACAAUUUUACUAUGCGAGACAAAACGCCGACAAUGCCGAGGUUCAAUUUUACAAGGGAUCCCAGGGCAUCAAGCUCGUGCUCAGCUACGUUCGCAUCUUUGGGUUCACCAUUGCAUCGACGUUUGUCUUCUUCUUUGCCUUAUCCCUGGCCGCUAGCGUCUACGGCUGGUUCGCGACAACACCGAGGACAACUCACACUAUUUCCAUUGUGGGAAGAGUCCUGCCCAUCAUCCUCACUACUAUCACCGUCGGGCUGAUGCAUUCCCCGCCAGCCCAGAAUUCGUUCCUGGUGUACAUGUUUGUUGCCAAUACACAAUUCGUCCUCAGCCUCUUUGGGAGUGCUGUGCUGCUUCUCAUGAUCCUCUUGAAAUACGUCCACUCGCGACGGAACCUCACCAGUUGGAACGUGCUAUACGGGAACGCGGACAUUGACUCUUCGCUUCCUAGCAGCAAGGCACGGUCCGUCUGGCUGGGAAGUGGUUCAAGCCGAGGCGGGCGAAGUCGAGCGUACAGCGGUGCCGGCACCAACAGCACAUAUGACAGUUGGUUGGUGAUUCGACUGUCGAUCGCCUUCGCGGUGCUUUGUGUGUUCGAGUACACAAAUGUGAUACCUCACAUCGCCGCCGCAAGCCACACCAUCGACACCGCCGACAACCUGGAGCCCGACCUCAGCGUGAAGCGGGCACGAUCCAGUAUCAGGGGUUACGUGACCGGCGUGACACCGAGCCUGGUCGCCUUUCUCGUCUUUGGGACGACCAAGACGUUUCAACGCAAGAUCCACGACACCUUUAUGCCAAAGGGACUUUUGCCGAGGAAUAGACACAAACAAAACCUGUCCCUCUCUUUGGGAGACUCGGCCGCCGCGUCUCCACCCCAUCCACCAGCUCGACGCCCGCAGCAAGUAGACGAGUUCUCCCUGGCCGACAUGAGCCCAAAGUCUCUUCAGAGCGGCAACUACGGCCCCCGAUUUCCCACUGGUGGCAACCUUAGCCCGAGGCUACCGUACGGAAAUCAUGCAAGCACAAGCCCUGAAUCGAGUCUCAACACGCCGAGGGGUAUGCCCCCGCCUAGGGCUCACGUCAACCCGGCUGGACAGUUUGUGAGCCAGGGGGUCGGCGCUCCCCAUCCGCGGACGCCCAGCAUUAGUUCCAAUCCGAGUCUGCAGUCAAAGUUUUCAGUGUAUGGCCGGCCUGAAGCACGGGUCAAGGCUCUUCCUCGGAUACCAUACGACUAGAGGCCGGUUGGAGGACUGGAGGGGUCUCAGGCAUUCUCGAGGUUUUUUUUUGUUUUUUUUUUUUGUUUUUUUGGCUAGUGCGACGGAGUUACAGGCAUCGGGAGGGGGACAUCAUCAUACAGAUACCAGACAAAACUUUGACGGCUGUAUUUUAGUAGCAGAGUAAUACAAUUUUCCCACUUCAUGA